UAGGAUUCUAGCUAUAUUGUGACAAUGGCUCUUGUUACUAACUUGCUUAAGGAGCUAAAUAUGAGCACUCUCUCCAAUCUUUUCCUGCUUUUUGUUCUCUUGCUUACUAUUUUCAUGUUAUUUUCAAUUUUUAGAUCAGGUGAGAAACUAAAAUCACCGCCAUCCCCAACAAGGUUACCCAUAAUCGGAAACCUCCACCAACUAGGUACACUGCCACACCGUUCUCUUCAUACCCUCUCAAAGAAGUAUGGCCCUCUAAUGUUAUUGCACUUGGGCCAAUCUUUGACACUAGUAGUUUCAUCGGCAGACAUGGCCAAAGAAAUAAUGAAGACUCAUGACAGUGUUUGUUGUAGCCGUCCCAAUUUUACAGCUACAAAUAUAUUACUCUAUGGAUGCAAAGACAUAGGGUUUUCUCCUUAUGGAGAGUACUGGAGAAAAGUUCGUAAACUCUGUGUUGUUGAACUUCUGACCCUAAAAAGAGUGCAAGAAUUUCUGUAUGUAAGGGAAGAAGAAAUUUCAGAAUUGGUCAAGACGAUAAGCAAAGAGUGCCUCAGUGAGUCUCCUAUUGAUCUAAGUGCCAUGCUGAUGAAAACCUCCAACAACAUACUUUCUAGGUGUGUUAUUGGAAAAAGGUUUGUAGAGGAAAAUGAUAAUUGGUUUGGAGAGGCAUCAAGAAGGUUGACGGAUCAAAUAAUGUCUUUUAGUGUCGGAGAUUUCUUCCCUAGUUUGAGAUGGAUUGACAAUCUUAGAGGAUUCAUUGCACGCUUGAAAGCAACUUCUGCCGAAUUAGAUGGAUUCUUUGAUCAGUUGAUUGAAGAACGCAAGGCUACAAAGGGAGAAUGUAAACUCAAAACAAGAGAUUUUGUGGAUAUUCUUCUCAAAUAUGGAAAGGAUGAUGCACUUUACUUGAAUCUCACUCAAGAUAACUUAAAAGCAAUCCUACAAGACAUGUUUAUUGCGGGAAGUGAUUCAACAUCAUCAGCUUUGGAAUGGUUAAUGGCAGAGCUUGUCAGAAAUCCAAAUGUGAUGGAAAAAGUCCAACAAGAGGUAAGAAGAGUGGUGGGACAAAAGGCAAAGGUAGAUGUGGAUGAUAUCAAUCGAAUGGACUUCUUGAAAUGUGUCAUCAAAGAAACUCUGAGGCUCCAUCCUAUAGCUCCUCUUUUACUUCCGCGAGAAACAAUUGAAGGUGUUACACUGGGAGGUUACUAUAUCCCAGCAAAAACAAGAGUACUCAUCAAUGCAUUUGCAAUCCAAAGGGACCCCAAGUUCUGGGACAAGCCAGAAGAGUUCCUCCCGGAUCGAUUUGAGGAAAACUCGAUUGACUUCAAUGGUCAGGACUUCCAAUUUAUCCCGUUUGGUGGUGGGAGAAGACAAUGUCCCGGACAGGCAUUUGCAAUGGCUACAAUGGAAUAUGAGGUUGCCAAUCUUUUGUAUUGGUUUGAUUGGAAAUUGCCUAGUGAUACUAUAUUGGCUGAGGCCGUAGACAUGAGUGAAGUUUAUGGACUUGCUGUCCAUAAGAAAGCUCAUCUUCGUCUUGUCCCCAUACCAUUCUCCUCUUGAUCCCUACAAUUAGAGGUUUCCUAUGUAAAAUUAAAUUAUUAUUAAGUGUUUUAGAAUAAAGGAUGCAGAGAGAGAAU